CAUUUAUCUCUUUCUCUCUCUAACCCUUUUCUUCUCUCUCCUCUUCCAUUUCUAUGGCUGCCUUAGACCAUUUCCAAACCAAACCAAACAAUAAUAACCCCACUACUCGCUUGAAGCUCUUUGGCUUUGACGUCCAAGAAGAUUUUGAAGACGAUUCCGGCCGGACUCCAUCUGGGUCCUCGGACUCCGGCGGCGGUGGUGUCGGAGGCGGAGGUGGAGGAGGAGGAGGAGGAGGCGCCGCCGCCGCAUCCGGUGAGAGGAAAUACGAGUGUCAAUACUGUUAUAGAGAGUUUGCUAACUCCCAAGCCCUCGGCGGCCACCAAAAUGCCCACAAAAAAGAGCGUCAGCAGCUCAAACGCGCUCAAUUACAAGCCUCUAGAAACGCCGCUGUUUUAAGAAACCCCAUAGUCUCCGCCUUUUCUCCGCCGCUUCACCUCCUCCCUUCUCCCGCCGCCACGUCAUCCGCUUCUUGGGUCUAUAUGCCCCGUGCUCCACCCCAAUUCCAAGUCUCCCAUGGUAGCGUCUUCACUCCGGCAUACGUCGAGGCUCCGCCGCAGCCACCACCACCGUCUGCGGCGGCUUUUUUCUCAAUUGGGUCUCGAUCAGCUCAUGGGAUGGUGGACGGCCCGUCGCUUAGCCGAUUCUCGAAGGCGGAGGGUGGAUCCGGGUUCGACGACGGUCCUGGCUUGGAUUUACAUCUCAGCCUGGCUCCGGCAGCGCCAUGAAAAAUCAAAGCGUCGAACUUUAUUUAUUUAUUUAUUUAUAUUAGCAAAUGGUUAAUGUUUUGUUCGAUUUCCAUCCGAUGGGGAAAAAACACUGAUCUUCAACAUGCU